CCAAAAAAAAAACUUUUAUUUUAACACCUCCCAAAAAUAUAAAAGUUGGAAGUUAACACCAGUUAACGAUUUCCGUCACGGAAAUUUAACGUGGGUCCCACAAAUUGGCUUGAACUUCAAUUUUCACCCAGCAAAACACGAAACUUCUUUCUUCAUUGAAUUCGCAGCAACCUUCUGCAUUGAAUUCUUUCUGAACCUUCAUUGAUUUCGCUUUUGAACCAAAGGAGAUCUUGGCUGAGAAGUGGAGUGUAGGGUGGUGUCAACGUUGGAGAAGAUAAGCUCAGGAGGGUUUCUUCAUCAUCUUCUUCAACUACAAAAGUGCGAAAGCCGCUUGAAAUUCACAGAAAAUAAGGUAAAAUUGCUCUCCUUUGAUAGCAAUUUCGUCAAUUACUGGUGCUUCAUUGCUGUAAACCUUGCAAUAAUUGGGUAAUUAGGGUAAAUUUUGGGACCACAGUAGGAAAGCCUUGAUAAAUCAAUUUCUGUAACUGACUAUGCGACUUAGGUUAAUUGGAUUUCGUAAUUGAAAGUAGAGAUUAAUUAAGGUGGUUUAUUGUUAAUUAAACUAGCAAGUGUGGUUUGUUGAUUAAUUUAUGUUACUGAGCACCUACAUUGGCUUGUAUAUGUUUAUUUUCAAUUUUUUUAUGUGUUUGUUUGUGUGGCUGUGAUGGAUUUGUUUAUUCGUAUUGUGCAUGUAUAGUUACAUGGCUUUUAAUAUGUUUUAUAUGUUUUUCACUGGUGGGUAGAUAAUGGGUGACAAGGAUAGUUUGGUUGACAUCUGCCUUAGAGUGGGAGGUGCUUUUGUCCCUAAAAGAGUAACCAAAAACAGGCAGCUGCUGUGUUGGUGUGGUGGUUGGUGUUACUGGAAGAGGAAGGUUCAAGUAUCUAAGUUGGAUGUGCAUUUGAUUAGAACAGCUGCAAUUCAUGGUUUUGUUAAUGGUGAUAUGGAUGUGCCUAUGCAUUACAGCUGUUGGUAUAGGCAGAAGGGGAAAGUGUUGAGGUUUGAUGAAGAAAAGGAUGAUGGAUGUGAAGGAUCUGGUUAUUCAAGUUCAGAUUUGAGUGAUGAGGGACAAGAUUGGGAACCUGGUGAAGAAGAAUUUGAUGAAGGGGAUGAGGAAUGGUAUAUUGAAGGGUCAAAGGAGAUCUUGGCCAAAGUGAACAAGAGCCUUAGGAAAGGUUUGGAGAGUGCAGUAGAUGACAGGGUUGGCAAAGAUAAGAGAGUAGAGUUGAGAAAUGAUUUGGAUGUUGGAAAACCGAAGGUGAAUCCAGAAAGUGAUGCUGAUUCAGAUGAUUCAAGGAGUUUGUGUGGAUCUGAUGAGGAACAGGACUAUGCUCCUUGGUUUAAUGCUGAUGUGGACUUUGACAACCCAAUCAAGUUGAAGUUAAAUCAGAAAUUCAGUAAUGCUUCAGUCUUGAGGAGGGCCUUAAGACUUCAUGCCAUUCAAAACAGGUAUGAGUUCUACUACUUGCAUAAUGACAGUAAAAGGAUUACAGUUCAGUGUAGAUAUAGAUGUGGCUGUGAGUUCAAUAGCUACACUUGUAGAAUGCCUGCUUGUACAUGUGUGGGGGGGGGUAAAGUGUCAGUUCAAGGUGUUUGCAUCAAAACUUGUUAAGCAGCAAACUUGGCAAAUCAAAACCUUGAAUUUAGACCAUUCCUGCUUCAGAGUAAAGAAGAACAAGAUGCUUACUGCUGAAUACAUAGCAGAGAGGUAUUUAGAAGAGUUUAGGAGUAACCCUGGUUGGAGAAUUAAGGAGAUUAGGGCUAGGAUUUUGAAUGAUUUAGGAGUUGAUGUGAGUUACUAUAAGGCAUGGCUAGCUAGGUGUAGGGCAAAACUACUGAUAUUUGGUUCAGCUAGGGAGCAGUAUGCUAGGGUGUGGGAUUAUGGGAAAGCUGUGAUGAAGUACAACCCUGGUUCAGGGUGCAAUGUUGUUGUUGAUGGUAUUGACAGGCCAGAGCCACCAUUGUUCAUGAGGAUGUUCAUCUGUUUAAGGCCAUUGAGAGAUGGAUUUGCAAAGGGUUGUAGGCCUUUAAUAGGGUUGGAUGGUUGUCACCUCAAGGGUGCCUUUCCUGGGCAAAUUCUGGUGGCAGUUGCUAAGGAUGGGAAUAACAACUUGUUUCCUCUAGCUUGGGCCACAGUGGAGAUUGAAAACCAGGAAACUUGGGGUUGGUUCUUGGAAUCCCUUAUGUCAAUGUUCACACAUGAUCAAGGAGCUGGGCUGACCAUCAUGUCUGACAGGCAAAAGGGUUUGAUUAAAGCAAUGGCUGAUGUUAUUCCCAAAGCUGAGCAAAGGUUUUGUGUGAGGCAUAUUUGGGCUAACUUCAAGCUCAACUUCACUGGAUCAACCUUUAAGGAGCUGUUUUGGAGAGCAGCUAGGGCCACCACCAUUUUUGAGCAUGAAAUUGCCAUGGAGUCUAUCAAAUUCCUCGAUGAAGAGGCAUAUGAGUAUUUAAUCAACAUUCCUCCCCACCAUUGGUCUAGACAUGCAUUCACACCAAACUGCAAGUCCAACAUGUUGUUGAACAACAUGUGUGAGACUUUCAAUGCAGUCAUUAGGCCUGCCAGAGAUAAACCUAUCCUCACCCAAAUGGAAUGGAUGAGGAGGUAUAUUAUGAACAGGAAUAAUGAAAAGUGGGAGGAUUCAAAAACAAUUACACACAACUUAGUGCCAUAUGUGAGGCAUGUUCUGGGGAGGAUAGACUUUGUGGCUAGGUCCUGUGUGGUGCAGCCAUCCAGAGGGAAUACAUUUGAGGUGCAGCUGAAGGAUGACCAGGUGUUGGUUGAUUUGGACAAGGAGACCUGCACAUGUUACCAUUGGGAACUCACUGGCAUUCCAUGUGUUCAUGCUUAUGCCUGCAUAUUGGAUAUGAGGGGUGACAUAGAGGCUGUUGUUGACCCAUACUAUACCAUGGACACAUACAGGUCUGCUUAUGAACCAGCUGUCCAACCAAUGCCUGGCCCAAAGCACUGGGAGAGAGUCAGAAUGAGGGAACCACUACCCCCUUCUGUUAAGGUGCAACCUGGGAGACCAAAGAGCAAAAAAAGGAAGCUUGAGCCAGGAGAAUGUUCUUCUUCAGGUGGUCAGGCAAGUACCAAGAGGAAGAAGCAAUGCAGCAACUGUGGGGGAUAUAGGCAUUAUGCCAAGACUUGCAAAGUACCUGCUGCACCAGCUACAGAGCUGAUAAAGUCAGCAGGCAGACCCCCACUGAACACUCCUUGGAUGGUGGAGGAGAGGAAGAAGAAAGAGAUUAGGGCUGCUAAAAAGAGUGCAAUUGGGGCUGGACCAAACAGCAUAGGAAACAAAAAGUUUCCUCAAGAGCAAGAAGGUUGUCUGCCAUUCAGCAAGCGCCCACAGCCACAGUCUUCCUCAGCUAAGCAUUCCUCAGCUCAGCCAUCCUCUAGUCAGCCAUCCUCAGCUCAGCCUUCCUCAAGUCAGCCUGCCUCAAGCCAACCAAAAAGAAAGACAAGGUCUUCCUCAAGUCAGCCUACAACAGCCACAGGUGUUGUAACAAGGGCCAGGCUGCAAUCCCUCAACAACCUUACUCAGUGAUGUACUCAUGCUGGAUAUCAAACAUUAUGUCUGUUGAACAAUUUCAAACUUUUAUUAUGUACUCAUGACUGGUUAUGUAACUUGCUAGUUUUUUAGUGGCUUCCCUUAACAAAUUUGAACAAUUAGAUAUUGAAUUGUAAUGGUUGCAUGGCUUUGAUUGCCAUUGAAACAUGUUGAAGUAA